AUUUAAGCGCGGGUCGUUCGUUAUACCGACAGACCUCGAGCAGACAUCCUACAGCAAUACGGCGCGGUUCUGAGUGAAAAAUAAGCCAAAAUGUCGGCAUACAAGUAUACAACCGGCCUAGUUGUUCUGGUCAUCGCUCUGUUGACCAUCAACACUGUAUCUGCUGGUGAAGAUGUUGCUUCCUACGCUGACGAUUCACACCAUCUGAGAGUCGGCUCCAGGAUGCCCGGCGACAGACUCGCCCUCAAAGAGAACGUCAGCAAGAGCUCUGGCUGGUUAAGGGUGCAGGUUAUUGAGAAGACCUUCUCUGUCCCGGUGUGGGAACGUAUCACUAUGGUUGAAGCAUUGGACCAGAAAACGAAUGGAAAAGGCGCGUACGCCAGUAUUCUGAACGGUGGACCUGGACACAACAACGUCACCAUGAAGUUCAAGAGUCAGAGAGGUCACAGUAUUAACUUCGUCCUUCAGCUUUAUUCACGUUAAUUGUCCAGUGGAAGCAGCUACUCUUACAACUGGUACGACGAUUCCUGGAUGCAACUCAGAUGGAGAAGUGACAUAAUCAACCUUCAAAGUUACAUCAACCUAGUGUGAACUGUUUACUAUUCAAGAAGAAUUACCAUUGCUACCAAAAGAAGAUAUGUCACCGAAUCUUCUUGUUACUUU